GCUGUUGGAGAGUCUCGUGUCGUUCGAACAUGGCAGCGGUGAUCUCGGAACUCGACUCGCGUGACGGUCGCCCGUGAUUCAUCGGACGCUGAUGAAACGACAAAUAUGAACGGUAGGCCGGCGCGGCGGAGUGAUACGUGCCCGUUGACACGGAACCGACGACGGGGAACGAGGACGCCGGGGUCGUCGCGAACGAGCUUUUCGCCGAGAUCAUGAUCAUUUAAUGAAAAGCGAGGAUGAUGGAUGGUACACGAGCGGCAGAGGUAUUGCCGUUGCUGCAAGAACGUUUGGCAAUACUACCGGGCGGACGGGAUCGCAGGGGGGGACCUGUGCUCCUGUUUCCGAGCACGCCGAGGCGCGAGCGGGCGAAACCCGAGGAUUACAGACGUCUCCUGCAGUAUCUGUUAGCCAUUCCGAGCGAUGAGGCCAGGGGUCUGCGGUUCACCGUGAUUGUGGAUAUGCGUGGUACAACGUGGGACUCGGUCAAACCUAUUUUGAAGGUGUUACACGAGCAUUUUCAUCGUACAGUUCACGUAGCUUUUCUUAUUAAACCGGAGAACUUUUGGCAGAAACAGAGGACCUCGUUGGGUAAGCAGAAGAAAUAUAAUUUUGAGAUUAAUACAAUCAGCUUAGAGGCUCUUGUAAAAGUUAUAGAUCCUUCUCAGCUCACGGCAGAUUUAGAUGGAUCCUUGCAAUACGAUCAUGCUCAAUGGAUCGAUACCAGAUUAGUUGUAGAGGAUUUUACGUGGCAGGCGGCGGAUCUUCUCGAUCGAUUGGACGACUUGCAAGAGGAUCUCAGUCGAAAUGACUUUGCUGACGAUGUUGCGGGAGCUAAGCACGGAAUUGAUCUGCAUAACGAGAUGAAAAAGAAAAUCAUGAAAGUCCCGGUGGAGGAUAUCGAAGUUGUUGGGCAACGCCUGCUUCAGCGAUUUAACAAUAGUGCAACGGCAACCGGCGGGGAAGGAGGAAGUAUUGACAAUGGCGCGGCAAGUUGCACAGACUCCGACGGACGAGCCCUGGCCACCCUGGUUAUUCAGCAUUUGGAUUCCGUGCAUGCCGCGCAACAGCAUCUGUUACAACUGUGGCACAUCAAGAAGAUGAAAUUGGAUCAGUGCUUUCAGCUGCGACUGUUCGAACAGGAUUGCGAGAAGAUGUUCGAUUGGAUUUGUCACAACCGAGAGGCGUUUCUCGCCAGCUACGUGGAGAUCGGCCGCUCGUAUCAAUUGGCCAAGAAUCUGCAGGAGGAACACAAACAUUUUACAAUGAGCUCGAUGAACGUUUACGUGAACAUAAAUAAGAUCCUCACGAUGGCUGGCAAAUUGCUGGAGACGCAGCAUUACGCGGCUGGGCACGUGCGAGCGGUGGCGGGACGUCUGGAUCGUGCUUGGAAGGAGUUCGCCGCGGGUCUCGACGAACGUACCGCAGUACUUAGUUUAAGUGUAGUAUUUCACCAUAAAGCGGAACAGUAUGUCGAUAACGUGGCUGGUUGGAGUCAAGCGUGCGAGAUUAGUAAUCUGCCCAGUGAAAUUCCAGCGCUUGAAACUCACAUUCGCCAACAUCAGACUCUUUACGAAGCCAUGUGUCAGGCGUAUACGGAGGUUUACAAUGCAUAUCAAGCGUUAUUGAGCGGCCUGGGUUCAAUGCUGCAAGUAUGUCAUAAUGUGAGCGCCCAUUCUACAGGGUCGGAUACAUUUCGCGUCGAUUAUAGCCAAGAUGGACACAGCAUUGACAGUCAUACCGGCACGAGUGGUAAUCCAGCAGCUGAUUACAGCGAAGGUGCAUCUCACGUAUUAGCCGUCAUUCAUCAGAUUCUCGGUCAUCAUAGAGCAUUAGAAGCCCGUUGGCACGCUCGCAAAGUCAAGUUGCAUCAACGGCUCGCAUUAAAAUUAUUUCAAGAAGAUGUGAAACAAGUUCUCGACUGGCUGACGAACCACGGCGAAGUCUUCAUUAGGAAAAACACAGGCGUAGGUCGUAAUCUGCAGAAAGCACGCGUCUAUCAAAAAAGCCACGAACAUUUUGAAAAUGUUGCUCAGAACACUUACACAAAUGCGACGAAACUUUUGACCGCCGCUGAAGAACUUGCUCACACGGGGGAAUGUGCGGCUGACGAAAUAUAUGCAGUGGCACAAGAGUUGGAGGCUCACGUUAGUAGCUUCGCAGCGAGGGUCGAGCAACGGCGUCGUAGAUUAGAUUUGGCAGUAGUGUUUUAUACUCACGAAAAAGAGCUUACCGGUUGGGUAGACGAGUUACGUCAGGAAUUGCAGCAGGAUGAGGUUGCGGAAAACCUGGAGACAGCGGAAAGACUGUUGGAACAAUGCGCGCAGCACAGAUCGUCCUGUCUCGAGGCGUGUGCUUCGACAAUAGCCCAGGGCGAAGCUCUGUUGCAAGAACUCCGCGAGGCAACCGAUGCGCCCGACACAACCGGCUCAAUAUCGGCGGUGGAGUCGGCCUUGGACAGAUUGGCAAGCUUGAGACAAGAAUUGGAAGACCUGUGGGCCACCAAGAAGCUGAGACUAGAACUGUGCCUGCGAUUACGCGUCUUCGAGCGCGACGCGCUGGAGGCUAGUGGCCAGCUGGAGAUGUGGGCGCAGGAGCUGCAGGGACCACCGCGAGAGGGUUCACCCGAGCAGUUGCUGCGCGUGCACAACGACGGAGUCGCCCACAUGCAGAAUACCGCUUUUCAAAUUCUGCAUCGUGGUCAAGAAUUGGCGCAAGUCUUGGAGGAAGCGGGGGUGUGUAUUAUGGCGGACGGUCAACAUAGCGCGGCGGCGCGGGUGCAAGUGCUUCUCGAGUUUCUGAACGAGAGAGAGUUAGACGCGGAGGACCUCGCGGAAAUGCGAAGGGUACGGCUGGAGCAAGCGUCUCAAUUACUGCAACUGCAAACAGACGCUUCUCAUGUGAUUAAGUGGAUACGAAAUGGCGAGUCGAUAUUACUGGCCUCACUCAGGAUACCGGACGAUUUCGAAGACGCCGACCAAUUAGGGAAGGAACACUAUCAUUUUCAACUCGCGAUAACCAACACUCACGCAUCCGCCGUGCAAGUGAAACACAAAGCGGACGCUCUGAUAAGCGGGAAUCAUUACGAUCCCAAAAGUAUCAGGGAGGUCGCGGAGGAUGUUACCAAACGUUGGCAGCAGCUAGUGACCUGUGCGGAAGAACGACAUAAAUUAAUUACUGCCAGUUUAAACUUUUACAAAACGGUGGACUCGGUACGUUCGGUUCUCGACAGUUUAGAAUUGCAAUACAAUGUGGACGACGAUUGGUGUGCCGACGGAGAAAAGGCUGGCGGCAUACCGGCGAACAUUACCAGACAUCAGGAGCAAAAAGAGGCCUUUCUGAAGGCGUGCACGCUGGUACGACGAACCGGUGAAACGUUCUUAAAGUACAUCAAUCGUAGUUUGCAAUUUUAUAGCUAUCACGCCAAUAGCGCCGGUUCCGCGAAUAAAGUCAAAAAUAUUUUGGAGGAGUUAGUCGGUAAGGAGAACAAAGUGCUCGAAUACUGGACGCAGCGAAAGAAACGUUUAGAUCAAUGCCAUCAGUAUGUUCUGUUCGAACGUAGUGCGAAGCAGGCUCUCGAAUGGAUAAAGGAAACCGGUGAAUUGUAUUUAGCGACCCAUACCAACGUCGGGAAGAAUCGCAUCGAGAACGAACAACUGUUGCAAGAGCACAUCGAGUUCAAAGGUGCAGCGAAGGAGACGAGAGAAAGAGUGAAAUUGUUGAUUCAACUCGCUGACAAUUUAGUCGAGAGGGGUCACGCUCAUGCCGCGGCGAUCAAGCAGGCCGUUGCCGAGGUCGAUCAGCGAUACAAGGAUUUCAGCGCGCGAAUGGACUGCUACAAAACGCAAAUCGAAGGCGAUCUGGGUAUCCAGCCCGACGAGGGUCUGCACAGAGAUCUGUCUAUCGACCGGAAUUCGGAUCCGUUGCUGGAAGAGAAGAUCAAGGGUAAAGAUCUGAAGGAACUGAACGAGGAGAAGAGAAGAUCUGCACGAAGGAAAGAGUUCAUUAUGGCUGAACUUUUGCAAACCGAACGUACGUACGUAAAAGACUUGGAAACCUGCAUCCGUUGCUUCCUGGACGAGACACGAUGCGGAAAGGGAAACGUUCCACCGGGUUUACACAGUCGGGAAUCGAUCAUUUUUAGCAACAUAGAGGAGAUACAUCAGUUUCACAGCAAUGUAUUUCUACGCGAGCUAGAAAAGUACGAAACCAUGCCGGAGGAUGUGGGACAUUGUUUUGUAGUGUGGGCACCUAAAUUUGACAUGUAUGUAACUUACUGUAAGAAUAAACCCGAGAGCAAUCAACUAUUAAUAACGCACAGUGGAACGUGGUUUGAGGAAUUGCAGAGAAAGCAUAGAGUAGAACAUCCUAUCGCUGCGUAUCUAAUCAAGCCGGUUCAGAGAAUUACUAAGUAUCAGCUGCUACUUAAGGACUUGCAGGCUUGUUGCCAAGAGGGACAGGGCGAAAUAAAAGAGGGAUUAGAAGUGAUGUUAAAUGUGCCUAAAAAAGCUAACGAUGCCUUACACUUAAGUCUACUGGAAGGUUGCGACGUUAGUAUAGAUGCGCUCGGUGAUGUUGUGUUACAAGAUUCAUUCACAGUAUGGGACCCAAAACAGUUGAUCAGGAAAGGAAGAGAUCGUCACAUAUUUCUUUUCGAAUUGUAUCUUCUCUUUACAAAGGAAGUGAAGGAUUCCGCAGGAAAGGUGAAAUACGUUUAUAAAAAUCGCCUGUUGACCUCCGAAUUGGGCGUGACCGAGCAUAUCGAAGGCGACGAAUGCAAAUUCGCGGUGUGGACAGGACGGGCACCGACUAGCGACACGCGCGUAGUGCUGCGAGCGAACUCGAUGGACGCGAAGCAGCUGUGGGUGAUGCGGUUACGCGAGGUGAUACAGGAGACCUUCUUGGGCAAGAAUAUGCCCAAGAGCCCCGCUAAAAAGAGCUCCAGUCAACGCUCCAGUAGGGAUCUGGAGGAAUGCGCAUCCUUGGACGAGAGCGUGGAGAAUCUCGACCGAAACUCCUUGGCUUCCUUCGGUUCGACUAAUACCACCGAUUCUGAUAAGACCGGAGUCGUCGAGAUGACGUGGGUGGUCGCCGAUCAUAUGGCCGCGCCGGGUUCGAGGGAGCUGAGCGUGACGAAAGGGCAGCAGGUCGAGGUGUUGGAGAACGGUAGCGCGACCACCGGGACCACCAGCGUGACCAACGCCGGCGAAUGGACCCUGGUACGUCUGCCGCUCACGCCUGGACAGGCCGAGCCGGCCGCGGAGGGUCUGGUGCCCACCAGCGCCCUGAAGCAGCCGCCGACCGCCUCCUGCAAAACUUCGCCGUCCAGAAAAGCGUCCACGCAGCAGCAGCAACAGCAACCGCAACAAUCGCAUCACCAUCACCAGCAACAGCAGUCGCAUCAUCAUCCGUACCACCAGCAGCAGAUCAAUCAAGCAAUCGUCCAAGCGCAGCAGCAAACUGCCGUCGGGUCGUCGACCACCGCCAGCACGUUGCCGCCGACCUGCUGCGUCGGCGGGACGCCGGCGACGCAGCAGGCGUCCUCGUUGAACGCGGCGCUGUCGUCCGCGGUGCUGUCGCCGAUGCUGUCGGAGGACGCGGAGAACACCGGAAGCGACGGCAGCGGGUCAACUAGUACAAAUUCACCCGGCAACAAGAGACGGGUUUUCAGCGGACGGAAGUGGCUCCCACCUUCUUUACGCAAACUUAGCCAAGGUAAAGUCGAGAAAACCAAUACGGCCGCGCCGACGUCAUCGCCUCCUUUGAUUGGGCCGUCUUUAAAGAAAAGCGGCUCGGACAAACGCUUUAAAUUACCGAGUGGCGUCGAGCACAAUCGGCCGGGCAAGGCGGCGUUCGAGGCCGAGGCCGAGGUGCAAGAGGGCGAGGAGGUCAGCAAGGAGGAGGAGGGCGAGGAGCAGCAGGAGGUCGAGGUGGACGUGGACGCGGAUGCGGACGUUACGGAGAGCGACGACACGGCGGUGACGAGUUUACAGGAGCAGAAUGGUGGGGAAGAUGCCGACGACGAUCUGGAACUUCCGCCACCGAUGAAACCUAUAACCGAACCGAUACUCGUAGCUACCGCGAAUGGUCCAUCUGGGUCCACGAUACCGAGCGAAUUGCCCGGGAAACGAUCAGUCAGUCUGUCGGAACGUACGACGAAGAUUCUCGAUGGCGGCGCGACAACAGCCGAUCUCUCGGAGAUCGAACAGAUCGUCAAGGAACGAAUGGAGCAACAUACAGAAAAUCAGGAGAGGCAUAGUCUCAUGCGAACCCCGAACGGAAAGUCGUUGAGCAACGAGGAGGAGUAUUGUAACGCGGCUAUUAACGCGGUCGCUUCCGAGGAGGCAGAUCCGGAGAGUACCGCGAUCGCGAAGCGGCAUUUUGUUAUUAGCGAGCUGGUGGAUACCGAGAGAGAUUACGUCAAUGACUUAAAGCUGAUAGUCGAAGGUUACAUGGCACUAAUGCGAGAUCCCGACUGCGAGAUCCCCUUGCCGGAAGAUCUGCGCGCUGGGAAAGAUAAGAUGGUUUUCGGUAACAUAGAGGCUAUUUACGAGUGGCACAGAGACUUUUUCCUCAAAGCUUUGGAACGUUGUUUGGAACGUCCUGAAGAGCUCGGACCGCUCUUCAAACGUUACGAGCGAAAGUUGCACAUGUACGUGGUUUAUUGUCAGAACAAGCCCGUCUCGGAAUACAUCGUGUCCGAACAUAUAGAUACUUACUUCGAGGAACUUAGGCAAAAACUUGGGCAUCGUUUGCAACUCUGCGACUUGCUGAUCAAGCCCGUACAAAGGAUUACAAAAUAUCAACUUCUUCUACGGGAGGCACUGCGCCUCACUGAGCGAACUCAAAGGUUAUCGGAAAUCGAAGGCCUCAGAGCGGCGGCUCAUGUCAUGCGAGUUAUUCCUAAAGCUGCAAACGAUAUGAUGGACGUUGGGAGAUUACAAGGUUUCGACGGUAAAAUAACGGCGCAAGGCAAGCUGUUGUUGCACGGCCCGCUUCUGGUGUCGGAAAUAUCAAACUUAUCGACGAGAGAAAGGGAAUGGCAAGUCUUUCUUUUCGAGCAAAAUAUCAUCUUCAGCGAAACUGUCGGCAAGAAAACGCAAUUCACCAGUCCUGUCUACAUAUACAAAGCACAUAUUCAGGUAAACAAAAUGAGUCUCGAAGAUUCGAACGACGAUCCAGAGAAGUUUAUCAUCCGGUCGACGGAUCCCCGGAACCCUGGGCUAGGAUUCUCUUGUAGCAUAGCUGAAGAAAGUAGUGGACCGCGCAGGCAGGAGUGGGUAGAUACCAUCACUGCCAUCCUGCAAACUCAGCGCGACUUCCUGAAGGCGAUACAAUCACCGAUUGCCUACCAGAAGGAACUUACCAAAGACCCACUCCGUGCCACCGUCACCGCCACCGCUACCACCACGUCCGAACCUGUACGGGCAACCGUGUCGGUUCCUCCGACGCUGAUCGUCUCCGGAACGACGAACAAGGGUAACGAGCAUAGGAGUCAACCGUUGCAACGCUCGCAAACCGGAGGAUUGGAAUGCGCGCAACCACGUACGCCCAGCCCGACAAAGAGUAGGCUAACUUUCCUGGAGGGAUUUAAGAAUACUCUACGCACACGCUCGCCGAUUCGCAACAAUUCCAUCCCGGUCGUUCCAGGUGCACGCGUAAGAUUGGCCGCGGAUUGGGGAAAGUUACAUGCCGGAGACGAGCUCGUUGUCUCGCACCUCGACGGUCCGGGCUUAGUGGUAUCCCCCGUGAAUACCAAGGACGAGUUGUGGAUACCGGCGAGUCUCAUUCCGAACUCGGCGAUCAGCCGUGCGUGGUCGUUUCGACCGCGGAAGAUCGAUCUCGCGCGAUGUCACGCCGCCGAUCCCCGGGAGUCAGCGACGACGGCCGAGGAUAAAACGCCGGCUAUUCUGAGCAGUCCGACGUCGAUACGCGCGACCGUCGGCGAGGUCGUUAGAUUCUCCGUCGAGACGCACAACGCGGACAGUGCGACCGUCACCUGGAUGAAGGAGGGCGAGGGUCAGUGUAUAAGAGAGAACGAUCGGUACCAGUUCCAGCGAAGCGCGGGCUUCGUAUACCUGCAGAUCACCGGUUGCCGAACCUCGGACUCCGGGAUAUAUCACUGUCACCUAAAAGGCGAAACGGGCUCCUGCUCCGUGGGAAUUUCUCUCUUCGUCGUAGGUGGGAAGAGCGGCACCUCCGCGCGCGUUUUAGGAUGCUCGAAGGUGGAGAUCGAUUGGGACAGGCAGGAGAUCGGCGGCGCGUCGUGCAGCAUAGAAUGCAGAACUCUACCGUCGCAACAAUGGGUGCCGAUGUCGAGGCUGGCUAACGAGCCGCCCGUUCUACUGGACGUGUCGAUGGACGCUUCGUGUAGCUUUCGGGUGGUGGGCGAGGAUGGGCGGACGACCUCGCCGUCGAUGGUAGUGACCCUGUCGCGGUCGGACACGGGUGGCGGCGCGGAAUGGGAGAUCAAGCAGUUCGUCGGCAGGUACCUGGAGCUGGACGAACUGGGUAACGGUAGAUUCGGCACCGUCCGUCGCGCCAGAGACAAGGGCACCGGUCAGGAGGUGGCACUCAAGCAAAUUCCGCUCCACAAACAGUCGAGAAUGCUGACGCGCGCGGAAUACGACGUGCUGGCCUCGACUCAUCACGCCAACAUCGUCAGGGCGUUCGCCUUGUUCGAGAAUGCGCCUCGGCCCGGAGUGGACACCAUCGUCCUGGAGCUGGUCAGAGGCCCGAUGCUGUUUGCAUAUCUGAGUGAGAAGACAGAAUACACCGAAGCGACGGCGACGCGAUACACUUGCCAGCUGUUGUCCGCGUUGCGCUGGUUGCAUCGUCGCGGCCGGGCGCAUUUGGACGUGAAACCGGAGAACGUCCUCGUUGACCACGAGACGGACCAGGUGAAGGUGAUAGAUCUGGGGGAAGCGGUCAGAGCUCCCAUCGACGAGAUUGUGCCGCCACCCGCCGAUCUGGAAUUCGCAGCGCCGGAGUCGGUGCUAGGUAGACCGACCGGCCCUUACACGGAUAUGUGGGCCGUUGGAGUUUUUAUUUAUGUUUUGUUAAGUGGAUUGUCGCCGUUUUUGGAUGAUUCCGUCGAAGAAACCACCGCCAACAUUCUCAAAUGCGAUUUCUGUUUUCCCGACGAAUAUUUCGAGACGAUAUCCAGCGACGCGAAGGAACUCCUCGGGAGAUUAUUGUGCCUGCGUGGUGAGGAUCGAGUGAACGCAGAGAUCUGUCUUGGUUCGCCAUGGUUAAAAAUAUCAACUGGCGCUACCAUACCGUCCACUAGAAUGGCCGCAUUUAUAGAACGUCGUGCACACUGUCUUAAACUGCGUCAAGAUCAUAAUGACAGUUUUUAUUCUUAAGAUUAACAAUAUGCAGUAAGCAUGUUACUUAAAAUACAUGACAAAUUUAUAUAUGUAAAUAGCAAAAUAUACUUAAAUGUUUAACUGUU